AAAUAAGUGUAAACACUACAGCUGAUUGGGGCGCACCACAACUAUUUUCACCUCGCGCAGCAAUAGUUGCUAUGUAAAAUGCUAACAAAUAAUAUAGAAAAAAUUACAGUGAGAAUUUUUGCUGAAACGUGCUUAAAUCAUUCGUACAUACAUAUUCGAAUUCAACGAAAUUAUACACCAGUAACGACGAUAUCGACAUUGCCAGUUACUCUUGGCACUUCGUGAAGUGUAGUUUAGCAUUUUUUUGUACUGAAAAACUACUGUCCACCUGCUGGCAUAUAUCGCAAUAGUAGAAUUUUAUAUAGAGCGCGUUAUUCGUGGCAAAAUAAGGACUAAGCAAAAAACAUUCAUACAUGAAAAAGUGGCCAAACAUCAAAGUGUUAAAAAUCCCGUUUUCCGGUUAAAUUGCAAUUAGUGUGGUUUAUUUAAUAAGCUCGUAUGUAUAUGAGCUUAUUGUGAUUUUGAAUGUCAUUGACUCUCCUAAAGUGGCUAUUUGAAAUGCUUAAAUCAACCAGACGUUUCACCAUCGGUGAACCAAACGAGGAUGAGUCCGUUUCGGAGAUACCAGAGCGUCCAAAAACUCCAGUUCCCAUCAUAUUGAUAGAUGAUGAAAACAAUGAAGACGAAUCGAGAAUACCUGACAUUGAAAUUGAGUGUGAUUCCGUCUAUGUUAAUGCCGCCGACGUUGCUAACAACAAUAAUGGCAUGACAUUGAGCUGUAACUUAUCUGAAACGAGUUUAUUCUUGGCGGAGGAACCGAGGACUAUAAAGCCGAGCAUGUCGCGUGGCACUGGGCUGGGGCAGGAUCGCUAUCAGGACCGUGAUUUUCACAUUGCCACACCGGAAGAGUUUGUCAAGAAGUUUGGUGGUACACGCGUUAUUAAUCGCAUAUUGAUCGCCAAUAACGGUAUUGCUGCCGUGAAGUGUAUGCGUUCGAUACGUCGUUGGUCCUAUGAAAUGUUCAAGAAUGAACGUGCUAUACGUUUUGUUGUGAUGGUCACACCAGAGGAUCUGAAGGCCAAUGCAGAAUACAUCAAGAUGGCUGAUCAUUAUGUUCCAGUGCCUGGUGGCUCCAAUAAUAAUAACUACGCCAAUGUUGAAUUGAUUAUUGACAUUGCACUACGGACUCAGGUUCAGGCUGUAUGGGCUGGUUGGGGUCAUGCUUCCGAGAAUCCGAAAUUGCCGGAGAUGUUGCACAAGCAAGGUCUAGUCUUUUUGGGCCCCCCGGAGCGUGCUAUGUGGGCGCUUGGUGAUAAAGUUGCUUCCUCAAUUGUUGCUCAGACCGCCGAAAUACCCACGCUGCCCUGGUCGGGUUCGGAGCUAAAGGCGCAGUACACUGGAAAGAAAAUAAAGAUUUCGAGUGAAUUAUUUCAACGUGGUUGCGUCAGUAACGCCGAAGAGGGUUUAGCAGCAGCCAAGAAAAUUGGCUUCCCGGCCAUGAUUAAAGCAUCUGAAGGUGGUGGUGGUAAAGGUAUUCGUCGCGUGGACACUGCCGACGAAUUCCCAGCACUUUUCCGUCAAGUACAAGCUGAAGUGCCCGGGUCACCUAUAUUCGUGAUGAAACUGGCACGCGGCGCUCGCCAUCUUGAAGUGCAGCUGCUUGCCGAUCAGUAUGGCAAUGCUAUCAGUUUAUUUGGGCGUGAUUGCUCCAUACAGCGUCGUCAUCAAAAGAUCAUUGAAGAAGCACCGGCGAUUAUUGCACAACCGGAGGUAUUUGAGGAUAUGGAGAAAGCUGCUGUGCGUCUAGCGAAAAUGGUGGGCUAUGUAAGUGCCGGUACUGUUGAGUACUUGUACGAGCCAGACGGUCAAUACUACUUUUUAGAAUUGAAUCCACGUCUGCAAGUGGAGCAUCCUUGCACAGAAAUGGUAUCAGAUGUGAAUUUGCCGGCUGCCCAAUUACAAAUUGGUAUGGGUGUGCCGCUAUAUCGUUUGAAAGACAUACGUCUGCUGUAUGGAGAAUCGCCUUGGGGUUCAUCGAUUAUUGAUUUUGAAACGCCGGUGAAUAAGCCGCAACCAUCAGGCCAUGUCAUUGCAGCACGUAUUACAUCGGAAAAUCCAGAUGAAGGUUUCAAGCCAAGCUCGGGUACUGUGCAGGAGCUAAAUUUCCGUUCGAGCAAAAAUGUCUGGGGUUAUUUCAGUGUUGCCGCAUCGGGUGGUUUGCACGAAUAUGCCGAUUCGCAGUUUGGGCACUGUUUCUCCUGGGGAGAAAAUCGACAACAAGCACGCGAGAAUCUUGUUAUUGCGCUGAAGGAGCUUUCGAUUCGUGGUGAUUUCCGCACUACUGUUGAAUAUCUGAUUACUCUGUUGGAAACCAAUAGUUUCUUGGACAACAGCAUUGAUACUGCCUGGCUGGAUGCAUUGAUUGCAGAGCGCGUACAAUCGGAUAAGCCCGAUAUACUGCUCGGUGUUGUUUGCGGCGCUUUGCACAUUGCCGAUCGUCAAAUCAGCGAAGCCUUCUCCAGCUUCAAGACUUCACUUGACAAAGGCCAGAUCCAAGCAGCCAACACGCUGACAAAUGUAAUCGAUGUAGAGUUGAUCAACGAUGGGCUGCGCUACAAGGUGCAGGCCGCCAAAAGUGGCGCAAACUCUUAUUUUCUGCUUAUGAAUAACUCCUACAAAGAAGUUGACAUUCACCGGCUGUCCGAUGGUGGUCUUUUGAUUUCAUUCGAAGGCGCAUCGUAUACCACUUAUAUGAAGGAAGAAGUGGAUCGCUAUCGUCUGAUAAUUGGUAAUCAAACAUGUGUCUUUGAAAAGGAAAAUGAUCCCUCGCUUUUGCGCAGUCCAUCCGCCGGCAAAUUGAUUAAUUUGUUGAUUGAAGAUGGCGCCCAUGUUUCCAAGGGACAAGCCUAUGUUGAGAUUGAGGUAAUGAAGAUGGUUAUGACGCUCACCUCCCAAGAAGCCGGCACUGUGUCGUUCUUGCGUCGUCCGGGUGCAGUGCUAGAGGCUGGUUCACUUCUGGGUCAUUUGGAAUUAGAUGAUCCAUCGUUGGUAACUAAAGCACAGCCAUACAAAAAUCCCUUCCCACAAUCGGACAACUCGCCAGUGCCUGAGAAGCUCAAUCGUGCGCACAACAUGUACAAAGCAAUUUUGGAGAAUACAUUGGCCGGUUACUGCCUCCCUGAGCCGUAUAACGCACAACGUUUGCGUGAUGUCAUCGAAAAGUUCAUGUCCAGCUUGCGCGAUGCUUCAUUGCCUCUGCUCGAAUUGCAGGAGGUGAUCGCCUCUAUAUCGGGCCGCAUACCUGUGUCUGUGGAGAAGAAGAUACGCAAAUUGAUGACGUUGUAUGAACGCAACAUAACCAGUGUGCUGGCACAAUUCCCAUCGCAACAAAUUGCCGCUGUCAUCGACAGUCAUGCUGCUACGCUGCAAAAACGUGCCGACCGCGACGUGUUCUUCCUAACCACUCAGAGUAUUGUACAGUUGGUGCAGCGCUAUCGCAACGGCAUUCGGGGACGCAUGAAGGCUGUCGUACAUGAAUUGUUGCGCCAAUACUAUGAAGUCGAAUCUCAGUUCCAACAUGGCAGCUAUGACAAGUGCGUGGGGUUGGUACGUGAGAACAGCAAGGACGAUAUGCAAAAGGUCGUCAACACCAUCUUUUCGCAUGCGCAAGUUUCGAAGAAGAAUUUGCUGGUGACGCUGCUCAUCGAUCAUUUAUGGUCAUUUGAGCCGGGCCUAACCGAUGAGCUCGCCAAUACACUGAGUGAGUUGACAUCGCUGAAUCGUGCCGAACAUUCGCGUGUCGCUUUGCGCUGCCGACAAGUGCUCAUUGCCGCACAUCAACCGGCUUACGAGUUACGUCACAACCAAAUGGAAUCCAUUUUCUUAUCGGCGGUGGAUAUGUACGGCCACGACUUCCAUCCGGAGAAUCUGCAGCGGCUUAUAUUGUCCGAAACGUCGAUAUUUGAUAUUUUGCACGAUUUCUUCUAUCACACGAAUCGUCAAGUUUGCAAUGCUGCGCUCGAGGUUUACGUGAGGCGCGCCUACACAUCCUACGAGCUCACUUGCUUGCAACAUUUGGAAUUGUCAGGUGGGCUGCCACUUGUACACUUUCAGUUUUUGCUGCCUACCGCUCAUCCUAACAGACUAUUCCCCCGCAUGGUGCAAGACAGCGGUGAGCCUGUGACCAAAGUACUUGGCUCAUCCUUCAUGCGUACCGGCUGCAUGGCUGCCUUCGGCUCAUUCGAACAUUUCGAAAUGCAUUCGGAUGAAAUUUUGGAUUUGUUAGAGGAUUAUGCAUCGCCUGCCUUUGUGAGCGCUAAGAUUUUGGAAGCCGUCGAAGCCGUCGAUUCCAUUUCCGACGGGCGUUGUAGCACCUCCAUCAAUGUCUCCCUUUCGGACCCCGUUACACGCGCAAAUGCUGUGGAAGAGGCCAAGUCUACCGAACCCAUACACAUCGUAAGUGUCGCAGUGCGGGACAAUGGCGAUAUGGACGAUGUACAAAUGGCGCACAUUUUUGGUAGUUUUUGUAAACUUCACCGUGAUGAACUCUUCCAGCGCCGCAUACGUCGCAUCACAUUUGCAGCAUUGAAGAAACGUCAAUUCCCUAAGUUCUUCACAUACCGCGCACGCGACAAUUUCGAAGAAGAUAGAAUAUACCGCCACUUGGAGCCAGCAUGUGCUUUCCAACUUGAACUUAAUCGCAUGAAAUCCUAUGAAUUGGAAGCCUUACCAACAGCAAAUCAAAAAAUGCACCUCUAUCUGGGUAGAGCCAAGGGUACGAAGGGCAAAGAAGUCACCGACUAUCGUUUCUUCAUACGUUCCAUUAUUCGACAUUCGGAUCUCAUCACCAAAGAGGCUUCAUUCGAAUAUCUACAAAACGAAGGGGAACGCGUGUUACUCGAAUCAAUGGACGAAUUGGAAGUGGCCUUCUCGCAUCCGCAUGCCAAGCGCACAGAUUGUAAUCAUAUUUUCCUAAACUUCGUGCCAACUGUUAUAAUGGAUCCAGCUAAGAUUGAGGAAUCUGUCACCAAAAUGAUAAUGCGCUACGGUCCACGUCUGUGGAAAUUACGUGUGCUGCAAGCUGAGUUGAAAAUGCUGAUCCGACAGUCACCACAAGCGCCAACGCAGGCCAUACGCUUGUGCAUAGCCAAUGACUCCGGCUACUUCUUAGAUAUUGCUAUGUACACGGAAGUCACGGAUCCAGAGACGGGAAUUAUUAAGUUUAAGGCGUAUGGCGAAAAACUGGGCUCACUUCAUGGUCAUCCAAUUUCCACGCCCUACAUGACCAAAGAUUUUCUGCAACAGAAACGUUUCCAGGCACAACAAAACGGCACAACAUAUGUAUACGAUAUACCCGACAUGUUCCGUCAAAUGACAGAGCGUCACUGGAAGGAGUACUCGAAAGCACGUCCCACCAUCGACAUAAGAAUACCGGAAAAAAUUUUAAUUGAAUGCAUGGAGCUAGUGUUGGAUGAUGAUAAUCUCAUUGAGAUGCAGCGUUUACCUGGCGAGAAUAAUUGUGGUAUGGUUGCCUGGCGCAUUGUGCUGGCCACUCCCGAGUACCCAGAUGGACGAGAAAUUAUAGUGAUUGCCAACGACUUGACUUAUAUGAUUGGUUCGUUUGGUAUCAAAGAAGAUGUGGUCUAUAAUAAAGCGUCGCAGUUGGCGCGCAGCAGAAAAGUGCCUAGGAUUUACAUUUCGGUGAAUAGUGGUGCGCGUAUCGGUCUCGCAGAGGAGGUGAAAUCAAUGUUCAAGGUAGCAUGGGAAGAUCCCGAAGAGCCAGACAAGGGUUUUAAGUAUAUUUAUUUGACCACGGAGGAUUACAGCAAAAUUGCUAAUUUGAAUUCGGUGCGUGCAAUACUCAUCGAAGAUGAGGGCGAACCACGUUAUAAGAUUACCGACAUCAUUGGCAAAGAAGAUGGCUUGGGUGUAGAGAAUUUGCGCUAUGCCGGUUUGAUUGCCGGUGAAACAUCGCAGGCGUAUAACGAAAUUGUCACCAUGUCUAUGGUGACUUGCCGUACCAUUGGUAUCGGUUCGUAUGUUGUGCGUUUGGGUCAGCGUGUCAUACAGAUUGACAAUUCGCACAUUAUUCUAACUGGUUAUGCAGCACUGAAUAAGCUACUUGGACGCAAGGUAUACGCUUCCAACAGCCAAUUAGGUGGUGUACAAAUUAUGUACAACAAUGGUGUCACACAUAAGACUGAAGCUUUUGAUCUCGACGGUGUGUAUACUCUUCUUCAAUGGCUCUCAUACAUUCCAGCAUACAUCGGCUGUGAUGUACCGAUUGUAUUGCCAAACGAUCGCAUCGAUCGUUCAGUAGAUUUUAUGCCAACGAAAUCGCCAUAUGAUCCUAGGUGGAUGCUGGGUGGUCGCGUGAAUCCCGCCAAUUCAAGUGAAUGGGAAAAUGGUUUCUUUGAUCGUGACAGCUGGGCAGAAAUUAUGCAGCCAUGGGCGAAAACCGUUGUCACAGGUCGGGCUCGUCUAGGCGGCGUACCAGUUGGUGUCAUUGCUGUUGAAACGCGCACAGUUGAGGUCGAAUUGCCCGCCGAUCCUGCUAACUUAGACUCUGAAGCGAAGACACUUCAACAAGCCGGACAAGUCUGGUAUCCAGAUUCUUCUUAUAAGACAGCACAGGCUAUUAAAGACUUUGGCCGCGAGGAACUCCCAUUGAUAAUAUUUGCAAAUUGGCGUGGUUUCUCCGGCGGUAUGAAGGACAUGUAUGAGCAGAUUAUUAAAUUUGGCGCGUACAUUGUGGAUGGUUUGCGCGAAUACAAAAAACCAAUUAUUAUAUAUCUGCCACCAAAUGCCGAGCUGCGUGGUGGCGCCUGGGCUGUCUUGGAUUCGCUAAUUAACCCACGCUAUAUGGAAACCUAUGCCGAUCCAGAGGCACGCGGUGGUGUGUUGGAGCCAGAGGGUAUUGUCGAAAUCAAGUACAAAGAAAAAGAUUUACUAAAGACGAUAAAUCGCUUGGAUACAACGACAAUUGUGCUCCAAAAAGAACUGGAAGAACUAAAUACUGCUGGUGACAAAAUCAAAGCCGCUUUAAUUGAAGAAAAACUAAAGACACGCAUCUCGCAACUCAUGCACGUGUAUCACACAGUGGCAGUACAUUUUGCCGAUCUACACGACACGCCUGAACGAAUGCUGGAGAAGGAAUGUAUAAGCGAGAUUAUACCAUGGCGCGAUUCUCGACGUUUACUGUACUGGCGUCUGCGUCGUUUGCUACUGGAAGAUGUGUUUAUUAAGAAAAUAAUAAGAGCACAGGAAAGCCUUUCGGUGGGACAAGCAAAACAAAUGUUGCGUCGGUGGUUGGUUGAAGAUCGAGGCGCCACGGAUUCGUAUAUUUGGGAUAAAAACGAGGAGAUGGUGCAUUGGUAUGAAGAACAAAAACGGCCAGACUCUGUUGUUACAAAGAACAUAAAUGCCGUUAAGCAAGAUGCGAUUAUCUCGAAAAUUAACGAAAUGCUUGAGGAUUGCCCCCAUGUUGCUUUGGAUGCUGUGGUAAGCAUAUGCCAAGGCCUGACACCAAUGAAUCGUGGUGCAGUAGUACGUACUCUGGCACAAUUAGAUCUGAAUGAAGACACGACGGCAUCGAAUACGCAAGGAUGAUAUCGCGUAUAUUAGAGCGUUAGGGAAAACGCUUACUUGCGUAGAUUCUAGUUUAGUAAAACUGUAAAUAAUUUAGGGAGCACAAACUGAGCGGGUACCUUCUCGUCAUUGCUUGGUCAUCCACACUACAUAUAUGAAUACGCAAGUUGUUUUAAUUUAGUUUAUAACGCACGUUUGCUUUAUUAAAAAUGAAAUAGUUAAUGAAAAACCUAAAUGCAUCUUACGAAAUAUUGUUUAUGCAUUUCCUGCUCAUAAAUAUCAUAAGGAAAAGAAAAGGAGCAGCAGUACAUAUGUAGUUAUGUACAUAACUAUGACUAGUUGAAAGUUUCUUUAGAUUUGUUUGAUAAUAUAUAAAACAGUGCAUCGGUGUUCAAACUACGUUUGAUAUAUAAUUAAUUUAAUAGCACAUUUUUGAAUUGUUAAAAGAAAGAAUCAUUAAACAACUAUUUAGUAAUAAAAACUUUCAAAUACAUUCAUACAAAUAUACAAUAAAAUAUUUAGCUGUGUAACAAGUGUGAAUUAUCGAACAAAAGUGGAUGUAUCUAUUGUAAAUUUGCUAUUUUAAUGUAUCCACAGCCAAUAAGAUUAUAUCUAGCCUAAGGCUGGUGUAUCAAGUAAAUGAAAAUAUAAAAUUGAAA